CGCCCCCUCGGCCGGCGGGGAGGGGGAUGCGGACAGGGAAGAUGGCGGCCUCAGAACAACCCGCGGAAAUUCAGCGAGAAGAUCGCGCUGCACAACCAGAAGCAGGCGGAGGAGACGGCGGCCUUCGAGGAGGUCAUGAAGGACCUGAGCCUGACCCGCGCGCACCGGCUACAGCUGCAGAAAACCCAGUACUUGCAACUGGGGCAGAGUCGUGGCCAGUACUACGGUGGGUCUCUGCCAAAUGUGAAUCAGAUUGGAAACAGUGCCAUGGAUCUCCCCUUCCAGCACAACGGAGCUCUGGCUGAAGCCUUUGGAGCAGUUCCUGUCUCUUUGACUCCGUUCCAGUCGUCGGGGUUGGACACGAGCAGGACGACCCGGCACCACGGGCUGGUGGACAGAGUGUACCGGGACAGGAACCGCCUGGGCUCGCCCCACCGCCGGCCCCUCUCCGUGGAUAAACAUGGAAGACAGGUGGACAGCUGUCCCUACGGAACGGUGUACCUGUCCCCUCCGUCAGACACCAGCUGGAGAAGGACAAAUUCCGAUUCUGCCUUGCACCAGAGCACCAUGACUCCAGCUCAGCAGGAAUCCUUCUCUGGAGGGUCCCAGGACAUGCAGCAGAAAAGAGUUUUGUUACUGACUGUCCCUGGAAUGGAGGAAGGCACCUCAGAUGCAGACAAAACCCUCUCCAAGCAAGGCUGGGACACUAAAAAGACCGGGUCAUCCAGACCUAAAUCAUGUGAAGUUCCAGGAAUCAACAUCUUCCCAUCAGCUGACCAGGAGAACACUACAGCCCUGAUUCCUGCCACGCACAACACGGGCGGCUCCCUGCCGGACCUGACCAACAUCCACUUCCCCUCCCCGCUCCCCACGCCGCUGGACCCCGAGGAAUCCACAUUCCCUGCCCUCAGUAGCUCCAAUAGCACCGGGAAUCUUGCUGCCAACCUGACUCACUUGGGCAUCAGCACUGCCAGCCAGGGAAUGACGACGACGCCGGCCCCUUCCCAGCAGCACCGCCCGCCCGCCGUGAGCCCCCUGUCCUUGGACUCCAGGAGACCACAGUCCCAGCAAAUGUCCCCCACGCUCUCCCCUCUGUCACCAAUCACUCAGGCCGUGGCUAUGGAUGCACUGUCCCUGGAGCAGCAGCUUCCCCCGUACCCCUUUUUCACCCAGACAACUUCCCAGCAGCAGCAGCAGCCGCCAGUGGCCAGUUCCCUGCCCCAGAACCCCCCGAUCCUGCAGAGCUCGGGGCUGCAGAGGGGCCCUCAGCUCCCCCCUCUGUCCGUCACGGUACCUUCCACCAUCCCACAGUCGCCUCCGGGGAGCCAGAGCCAGCCCUCCAUGGGCAUAGACAUCAACUCGGCGUCACUCCAGCAGUACCGCAGUAAUGCUGGAUCCCCAGCCAACCAGUCUCCCACCUCUCCUGUCUCCAAUCAAGGCUUCUCUCCUGGCAGCUCCCCUCAACAUUCUUCCAUGCUGGGCAGUGUUUUUGGGGACUCCUAUUAUGAGCAGCAGAUGACAGCUAGGCAGGCUAAUGCCCUCUCCCACCAGCUGGAGCAGUUCAACAUGAUCGAGAACGCCAUCAGCUCCAACAGCCUCUACAGCCCCUGCUCCACCCUCAACUACUCCCAGGCUGCCAUGAUGGGACUGACGGGCAGCCACGGCAGCCUCCAGGACUCGCAGCAGCUCAACUACUCCAGCCACGGAAACAUCCCCAACAUCAUCCUGACAGUGACAGGAGAGUCUCCCCCCAGCUUAUCAAAAGAACUGACCAGCUCUUUGGCGGGCGUGGGCGACGUCAGCUUUGACGCGGAUUCCCAGUUCCCCCUGGAUGAACUCAAAAUUGACCCCUUGACCUUGGAUGGACUGCACAUGCUGAACGACCCCGACAUGGUCCUCACCGACCCCGCCACAGAGGACACGUUCCGGAUGGACCGGCUGUGAGGGCCCGGAGCCCGGCGGGGCGGGCGAGCCGGAGCCCGUCCCAUGAGCAGAGCUUGUCGUCCUGAGCUUGCCGCGCUGCAGAACCCCCCGCCCGGCGCCCCCCCCGAGCCGCUCGUUGCCGUUCAUCAGUAAGGAGCUCUUUCCAUCAGCCUUCCCCCAAUCUCUCUCUCUCUCUCUCUCUCCAGGGCUCCCCCCCAGUUUCCCACCCCCCUCCAGAUCCAGCGUGACGUUGUCGGUGUGUCCUUUGCACUAGAGAAGGGGUUGGGGCAGGUGAGGAAGGUGAAGGGAUUCCCAGUUUUUGGCUGCGGGUUGGGAUGGGGAAGGGGGGGAGGCCCCGGCUGUGCCCCCUGCCCUGUCCCCUCCCGCGGGCCCGGCGGGGACUCUGCUGUGUCACCUCCCUGGAGGCUGAAAGGCUCCUCCUUUCCGUGUGUGUCCCCAGGAAUUAGCGUUAUUUUUGAGUCUUAUGAACCAGUUAAACCCAUAACACCCCCCCGAGGGGGAGCUGAGCCUGGAGAGGGAGGCAUUUCCAGGGGGGAGGGGCUGAGCAGCCACGGGGAUUUUGUUACCUGUCCCCACCCUGUGGGGUGUCCCCUUCCCUCGGCAAAGCAGAGCAGCAGCCCCCCCCCCAAAAAAAAAUCCCACCACAAACACUAUUUUCCCAGCUUCUGUUUUGUUUUUUAUCUUUUUUUUUUAUUAUUAUUAUAUAUGUAAUAUAUAUAUAUUUCUAUAUAUGUCUACAUAUAUAGAGAGCAUUUCUGAGCACACAAAAAAGUACUAUAAUUCAUUACUUGAUUAGCACAGGGGAAGGAUCAGAGCAUUUUAAAGCAGCUAAAAACAAAAAAAAAAUAAAAUAGAGGAGACUAACCUGCAUAAUUCUAAUUUUACUCUGUGAGGGAGAUUCCUGGGCAACAGGAAGGGCAUUUCCAUAGCAAUGCCAGGCUUGUUAGAAUCGUGAUGACUUAUUUUUUAUUUUUUAUUCAUUACUUAUUCUGUUACUUAUUUAUGAUUUUGUUGUUGUUGUUGUUUCUUUUUUUUUUUUUUAUUUAAAUAUUUGGAUAUUAGGAAAGUAGGUAAACUACAUACAGCCAAUUGAAGCACUCUACAUUACUACUUGUACAGUACAUCUUUUUGUGGUUUUAUUCCAGAAAUAUAUUAUAUAUAUUAUAUAUAUAGGUAUUUUUAAACUAACUGGAAUUCUGAACAGAUGUUGAGCGGAAAUAAGGAAGCUUAUAAGGCAAGUUUAGAUGUUUUCCUUUGAAAAACAGGCAAAGUAGGGUGGCAGGAACUUAGAUAUUCCUUCUUUCACCCGGGGGAAAAAAUCUCUUGCUCCACAGUGACCAGGAUUGAAUCCUCCAAAAGGCUGAGAUUCCGUUAAAUUCAGUGGAUAAUGGACUAUUUCUGGUAGUCCCUGUGAAUAUUCUGUGCUGCAGCAUUAAAAAAAAAGUCCCACCCAAACCCCCCCAGUGCCUGGGAAUUGGUGGAUACCCCCCAGCAUCGUGGCUGGGUUGAUGGGGAUUCCCAGAUUUCUGCCCUUGGGUCUCUUAGGAAGUGAAGUGAAGGAUCUCCCAGGGGCCCUGGGGCUGCUGCUCCCUGGCAGGGACCGUCCUCGUUCCGCUGGGAUCUGCCCAGGGACAGCACCUGCCAGCACAGGGCCCUCCUCUUCAGGGCUCAGGAAUCCAGGGGGAAUUUCCACUGUUUUCAGAAUUAAACCCACAGCACCCCCGAGGGUGAGCUGAGGGUGGAGAGGGAAGCACUUCCAGGCGGGAGGGGCCGAGCAGCCGCCUGGAUUUUGUUCCCUGUCCCCUCAGCAAAGACCCCUUUCCCUUCCCAGCUGGGGUUUGUCGAUCCCCAACUGCUCCUCCCGCUCCUUCUGCAUCCCCUGGAUUUGUUUCUUGCCUAAAAACCCAUCCCCUUCUCAGCUCUUUGAGGCAAAACCCAACCCCUGCAGCCAAAAAAAAAACCCCAACCCCUCCAGCAAAAAUCCCCUCAGCGCUUCCCCCAUCCCAGAACGGUUUCCCACCAUUCCAGCGAGCGUUAGCGGAGGGAGGAGGAGCCGAGUCACCCCUCAAUUAACGAGUUGCCCUGCAAUUAGGGAGCUCUCCAGGAGUGGCUCUGCUCCUAAUGAGUUAUACUAGGUUUCUGUGUGCUUCCAGAAAUCCGUGGGCCGCCAUCCCGAGGUUCCCGCCGGCCCUGCUGAGCGGGAUCGUCGUGGGGAUCUCUCUAAUCCCGCUGUGUUCCCUCACGUUUUGUGCCAUUUGUUGACCAUUUGCACUAAAAAUGUGGUUUGGUUUUUUGUUUGGUUUUUUUUUCCUUUGAUCUCUUUGCUUUCCUGUGUCUUUUUGUGGAUUUUGUUUCUUUUUUUGGUCCCUUCCCCGCUCACUCCAGAGGUUUUCCCUCAAAUCUCCUGAGAAUGCUUUGGGUUCUUUUUUCGGGCAGGAUUUAAGCCUGGUGAGUCUGUGGUGACUCUUGGUGGCUGCUUGUUUCAGAUGGCUAACACUUUUCCAGUUUAGGGAGGAGACAAAAGGCAGCUCAUCCUGAAAAAAAAAACCAAACCAGGAGGGGUUUGGGCACAGGUUUGGGAAGGUGCAGCGGGAGCUGGAAACGCUUCCUGCCGCUCCCGUGGCUCCGUGGGGGGAUUCCUGUGUGGCUCUCCCGUUGGAAUGGCUCUCGUGCAUGUGUGAAUCCUUGUCUGUGAUCCGUGUUUUUCCGAGCCAGGGCAGAGCAUCCGAGUGGGAGCUGAGAUUCCUCACGGGAGGCUCGGACAGGGAGCCCCGGAUCCCCCGCUCCUGCCCGGUUUUUUAACUCCCAGUGUACAUAAGAGCUCUUUUGUUUCUUAGACUUGUAAGUAGACCUUGAAAAUGGCCUUAAUUUCAAACUAACCCGUCUUUGGAUGCAACUGUGGGAUUUAGGGACCAUCCAGCUGAGGGAAAUCCAGGUUUUUGCUCCCUUUGUGUGGACCUGUGGGAGAGGGGAGGAGCAGGUGAGGUGGCUGUGGGAAUGCUGAGGGUGACAGGGUGUGUGGGAUCCCCUGUGGCCCAGGUUUGGGCAGGUAAAAGCUGCCUCUCAUCCCAACCCUUGGAGACCUGGGGAAGGAAUUCCAGCAGCUCCUGCCCUUCCCUUCCCCGAGGGGAACCUUUCCCCCGAAGGUUUCCUGGCACAUCCUGCCCCAGUGGGGAUUUUCCCCCCUCCUUCUCCCCUUGAAAUUCUCUUUUCUGUGGCAUCAGCAGAUCUGAAGCAACCCCAGAUCUGGUGGGGUUGUCAGGUGGAAAUGUGGAGCGGAUCCCAAGUGUUUCCAGAACAAAUAGUGGGAUUUUUAUUUCCAGUUUCGCAGUCCUGUUCUCAUUUCCAACAGGGGGGGUGUGUGAGGGUCCCUUCCCACCAGGCACUGCUGGGAGCAGGAGGAGGAGCAGAAAGGGAGGAAAACCAUCACUUAGCAAAAAAAAAAAACCCCACCCCAAUAUCCAGAAGAAAAUAGUGUUAUUGGUAUUAUUGAUAAGUUUGAGUCCAAUGCUGUUGAAACUGUCUGGUGUCUCAAAGGGUGACUGUCCAAACAUACCUGCUGAGUGAACCCCACCCUCCCUACAUGUGUUUUUAUAUCUCUCUCUCUCUAUAUAUAUAUAAAUUAAUUAAAAAAUUCCCAAGCUAGACUGUUGCAUUUGCCAAUACAAUGGGGAAUAACAGGAAUAAACCUUGGGCUUAUCGAAAACUGUGAUUUUUAUUUUUUUUUUAAUUAUUAUUAUUAUUUUUAAAAUUUUUUUCUUGUUUGUUUUUGUUGUUGUUGUUGUUGUUGUUUUGUUAUUUUUGCAGAAGCAAACCCAGCCCUAGUGCUGGUGGGUGGGGUUGUGGGGUGGGGGGGAGUCUCUUUUCCCUGUACAUAGAUUUUUUUCCCCCCCGUUCCCGCCGGCUCCGUGCCGGCCGCAUGUGUGAUCCAGGCCCGGCUCCCACGGCUUCUGCAUGGCAGGGAGCUCUUGCCAGCCCUUCCCCCCUGCCACCCCUGCCCUGCACACGCAGCCUCGGGCUGCCCUUUGCCCCCUGCUUUUUGUUUGGGGUCGAAGAGUUCUGGGUUUCCAGAAAGAGGCUCCUUCUUUGUGUGGUUUUGACUGAGAUUUAACGGCUUCGAUCCGGGCAUUUUUAAGGAGCCCCGGAACACUCAUGGGUGAACCUUGAGCUCAGAGGAGGUUGGAUUUGGUGAUCCUGCAGGGCUUUCCCAACCUGGAUUUGGUGAUUCUUUCCCAACUUUGACUCAAUGAUUCUUUCCCAACCUGAAUUUUGUGAUUCUUUCCCCACCUGGAUUCAGUGAUUCUUUUCCAACCUUGAUUUGGUGAUCCUUUCCCAACCUGGACCCAGCACCUUUUUUUUUCCCAACCCUGAUCCGGUGACUCCAAGAGCUGCCCCAGACUGACCUAAAGCAACCCCCAACAACAUCCAAACCCACUGAGCUUUCCCUCAAAAAAUAAAGCGGCUUGGCCGCAAAAACUCGGAUUUCUGUGGAAACAACAACUCAGGCUCGAGCUCUGCCCCUUGGGGAAAGACCCUGGGAACCCCCUCUGGACCUGAAGGAAGCAGAAAGGCCCCUCCUCACCCUGUAAUUCCCAACCUGUGCUUUUUUUGGGGGGGACAAAAAAACCUCCUCAAACCAGCGCGUUUAUUCCUCGGAGCAGCGGCCCCCCCGUCACUGUGAUGGCAACGUGAGAGCGCAGGUAGCCUUUGUUUGUGUGUCUGUCCUUUUUACAAAAAACAAACAGAAAAAAACCUCCAAAAAAAAAAAAAACAACCCCUUGCCUUCCCCUUUAGAAUGAACUUUGUAGUGUUCCUGUCUCCUUUGUAAAUUUUUUUUUUUUUUCUCUUUUUGAGUUGCAUCUUAUUUAAUAUCCGGCGCAGUGUAGGCAUGGGAUUGCAUGUCGGUUUUUCUACGCGGGCACCACGACAUUCUGACUGUGUAUUAUAAAUCAUUUUUACCUUUUUAAACAGGAGAAAAACAAAAAAACAAAAACAAACAAACAAAAA